GAACAGUUGGCUGGCAGUGUGCUCUGAGCGGCCGUAGGAAAGGGAGGUACCCGUCUGCGCACCCUAACCCUUAUUUCCCACCCUCGUAUCAGCGUUACCCCUUCACCCACGCCUUCGUCACCUCCCCCAGACGUGCAUCCACCCUUAGACAUGCUCCCCUUAACCGGCACGGGUGGAGUAACGUGAGGAAAGUAAAGAAAAGAGGAAAAACGUGUGGCAAGGCAGGGUGGUAAGGGCGUGUGUAGUGGCGGCGGUGCUCGCUGGUGGCAGUUCCAACCUUAAUAACUUCUCCCUGAGGCUUUUCUGGGGCCCUGCGACGCCUCUAGAUCCACCUGCGAGGAAUUCCGAGUGUGUGCAGUGCUAGUGAGGCUGUGGUGGAGGUGUGGAAGCGGCCUGAAGUGUGGUAGUGGUGGAGUGAGUUAGCAGGUGUGGUGGUGGUCGUGGUGGUGGUGGAGAGACAGAGAGAGAGACAAGGCAGUGCGUCACCCCUACUCUCUCUCCCCUCUCUCCCCUUCUUCUCUCCCCCACACACCCUCUUGAAGCGCCUUACCUCCUCCUCCUCCUUCUUCUCUCCGCGUAUUAUUUGGAUCACGUUGGAUAAGGAGGAUGGUGGGAGCAUGAGCGUGGCGAGCGUGGCGGCGGCCCCCGGGGGUCCUGGGGGCCGAGGAGCGGCGUGGGUGCGGUGGCGCGCGCCCCACCUGCUGGUGCUGCUGGUGCUGGCGUUAGCAGGGGCGGGGGCCGGUGCCGGGGCGGGGGCGGGGGCGGGCGCGCGUGCCAGGGAUUCUCUCUUCAUCGUCGAGACGUUUAAGAAUGAGCCGUGGCAGCAGUUCACGCACCUGCGGGUGGACAAGAACACGGGCACCGUGUACGUGGGCGGCGUGAACCGCCUGUACCAGCUGGACCCCAACCUGCGGGAGCUGCAGGAGGUGGUGACCGGGCCCUUGCACGACUCCCUCGAGUGCUCGGCCUCCGCCAGCGACUGUAAGGGCGAGACGGCGGGCACCAUGAGGGUCACAAACAACACAAACAAGGUGCUGGUCAUCGACUACACCAGGUCGCGGCUCAUCGUGUGCGGCACGGUGCGGCAGGGCUCGUGCCAGGUGCGCGGUCUGCGGGACAUCACGCAGCACACCCGCAACGUGACGGAGGCCAUCGUGGCCAACAACGCCACGGCCUCCACGGUGGCCUUCAUCGCGCCCGGCCCGCCCAACCCGCCCGUCACCCACGUGCUCUACAUCGGCGUCACCUACACGGGCAAGUCCGUGUACCGCGACGAGGUGCCGGCCGUGGCCUCCCGCUCCCUGGAGGACGACCGCUUCUUCGAGAUCGCCGUGACGGAGGUGACCACCAGCACGCGCAUGCUCGUCAACUCGCUGGCGCGCGAGCGUUACCCCAUCACCUACGUGUACGGCUUCGGCUCCGAGAAGUUCAGCUACUUCCUCACGCGCCAGCUGGAGGACACCAACUCGGGCUCUCCCUACAUUAGCAAGCUUGUGCGGGUGUGCCAGAACGACUCAGCCUACUACAGCUACACCGAGAUCCCCAUCGAGUGCAAGGACUCGCAGGGCAAGCGCUACAACCUGGCGCAGGCGGCCUACGUGGGCAAGCCGGGCACGGACCUGGCCACGCAGCUGGGCAUCCAGACCAACGACGACGUGCUCUUCGCGGUGUUCUCGCCCUCAGACCCCGCGGAGGCGGAUGGCUCGGGGCGCCCCGGCGACUCCUCGGCGCUGUGUGUGUACAGCAUGAAGAGCGUGCGGCGGAUGUUCAUCAACAACAUCCAGGAGUGUUUCAGGGGCAAGGGGAACCGAGGCCUCGACUUCAUCUCCCCGUCGCACCGCUGCAUAGAGACGAGAAUCAAAGAUCUGAAUGAAGACUUCUGUGGGAUGGACGUGAACACACCGCUGGGGGGAGAGCAGCCUGUGGAGGGGCUGGCCAUCCUCACCUUCCCCACCAGGCUGACGGCUGUGGCUGCCACCUCCACGGAGGUGUACACCGUUGUCUUCCUCGGCACUGCUCAGGGGCAUCUCAAGAAGGUGGUGAUUGAAAAUCAGAGCAAUGCUCUGGAGUAUGAUGACAUUGUGGUGGACCAAGGCUCUCCUGUCAGGCAAGACAUGUUCUUUGACAAGGGUGGUGACCACCUGUAUGUCAUGACCAGCAACAAGGUGUCCAAGGUGAAGGCCCAGGAGUGUAGCAUCUAUGAGGGAUGCAACCAGUGUCUGGGGGCCCGCGACCCUUACUGUGGCUGGUGCUCACUUGAGAACAAGUGCUCUCUGCGGAGGGACUGCCGUGACGCCACACAGGAUCCUCAGCACUGGGUCAGCUACAAGACUGGCCGCUGCACCACCAUCACCCAGGUCAUGCCAGACAAGCUCCAGCGCACAACGGCCAGAACGCUGUCACUGGCAGUAGACAACUUGCCAUCGGUGGAAGGGUCUUUGCAGUGCGUCUUCAGUGCCAUGAACAAGGACCUGACCACUGACGCCACACGGACAGCCCAGGGAGUCUCCUGCACCACCCCCAGGAAUGACAUGCUGCCAGACAUCCCGCAGAACCAACAUCACUUUACCGCCAAGUUGUCUGUCCGCAAAUCCGAGGGUCCUGAGUUUGUGUCGACCAACUUCACCUUCUUUGACUGCAACACGUACAGUUCCUGCACUGAGUGUGUGUCGUCGCCCUUCCCUUGCGACUGGUGUGUGGACGGCCACCGCUGCACCCACGACUCAGCGGAGAACUGCCGGAACGAUGUCUUGGUCAACGGCAUCAAUCGUGUCGGCCCCAGCAUCAGGAGUGGACCCGCUUUCUGUCCGCGCAUCACCUUCGUGGAGAGCAAGGAGAUCCUGGUGUCAUCGGGAACGGACAAAUCCAUCAAGGUCAAAGUGGACAACAUUGCGCAAUUCAUCACCCAGACGCGUUUUGUGUGUCAGUUCAACAUCGAGGGUCGCGUCACCAGUGUCAAUGCCAACCUGCUGAGCGACACCAUAUACUGUGACCGCAUGGAGUUCGCUUACACCACAGCUGCGCCCUCCACCAACGCCACCUUUGCUGUCAUCUGGGGUGGCUCCAAACCUCUGGACAACCCUGACAACAUUCAUGUGCUUGUGUACCAGUGUCAUCUGAUGGCGGACAACUGUGGCAUGUGCUUGAGUCUGCCUGAGAGGUACCGCUGUGGGUGGUGCCAGUCAACAAGCCGCUGUGAGGUAGUAAACAAAUGUGACGGUGGUUCAUGGCUGGACCGCGAACGCACCUGCCCCAAGAUCAACAUCACGAACUUCUUCCCCAAGAGUGGACCGUGGGAUGGGGGCACCAACGUCACUAUCGAGGGCAUCAACCUCGGGAAAGAGAUUGACGACAUCUACGAGGGCAUCACGGUGGCUGGUAUCAACUGCCAGCCGUACCGUGAGUCCUACGUCAUGACCAAGAGGGUGACCUGCAUGGUGGACUCCCCCGGGGUGAACGACUUUAAGGAGGGACCCAUUGUGGUGAAGGUGAAGGGCGUUGGGCUUCAGGAUGUGGCAGGGGGUGGCCAGCAGCUGGUCGCAAGGGAGUACCGCGGUGAGAGCAUUGAGAAGUACAAGUUUGUGAACCCCGAGAUCACUGACCUGACCCCUUCAUCUGGGCCAAGGUCAGGAGGCACACUGCUGCACAUCAUUGGUCACCACAUGAAUGCUGGGAGUCGCAUUGAAGCCUUCAUCACCGAUCGACCCUGCAAAAUACAGAGCACCAAUUCCACGGUGGCCACCUGCAUCACCUCGGCGGCCUCCACACUUACUGAAGGGAAGAUUGCCAUGAACUUCGACAACGGCCGCCGGCAGUUAGAGGGAAAGCACUUCACCUACGUGGAUGACCCCAAGAUAUACUCCGUCAAGAGUGGGAGGGCAGGUCAAGCUGGAAUGCGCAACGGGCCCCGAGGCAUACCAUCAGGCGGCAUCGUCAUCACUGUGGACGGCACCAACUUUGACGUGAUCAGAGAACCCAAGAUGUAUGUUGUCUACAAGGAGAAGGAGUUUUCCAGUCCGUGUGAAGUAAAGAAUUCAACUCGCAUGGAGUGCCGGUCGCCUGCCAUCCAAAUCUCUGGCAGUGAACACAUCGACCACGAGAAUGGGAUGCUGCUGGACUACGGCUUCCUGAUGGACCACGUGCAGUCUGUGCGGAACCUGAACGAUAUUGAAGAGUUCCCUCCCUUCAGGGUGUUCCCCGACCCCCUAUACCAUCCAUUCGAGGACCCCAACAGAGUAAAACAAUACAAGUCAGACUACUUAACCAUCAACGGGCAGAACUUGGACAGAGCUUCUCAAGAAAUAGAUGUUGAGGUGCUGAUUGGAGCCGAGUCGUGCAAUGUGACUUCACUCUCCAGGUCACAGCUCACGUGUCGGCCCCCAAGAGAACAGCCGGAUCCUCUUGAGGGCGAUACCUUCCCCCAAGUAGUGGUAAAUGUGGGUGAUAACCUCAUCUAUCAGAUCGGUUACCUGGAGUAUGCGUCCAGCACCAAUGUUGGGACGCUCUCCAAGCAGCUGAUCAUUGGCCUGUCCGUGGGUGCUGUGGUGCUCAUCCUGAUCCUGGUGGUGUGCCUCAUCGUGUACCGCCAGAAGAGUAACCAAAACUCACGUGUCCUCAAGAGCAUGCAGGAGCAGAUGGACGUGCUGGAGCUGCGUGUGGCUGCUGAGUGCAAGGAAGCAUUUGCCGAGCUUCAGACAGAGAUGACUGACCUUACCAGUGACCUGAUAGGCGGCGGUAUUCCAUUCCUGGAUUACCGCACAUAUGCCAUGAAGAUCCUGUUCCCCAAUCUGGAGGAGACCACUGUGCUGCAGAUGGAGCGCCCAGACCUAGUCAGGAAGGAGAAGGGUCUCAAGCUGUUCGGUCAACUCAUCAUGAACAAAACCUUCUUGCUCCUCUUCAUACGCACACUGGAGUCCAACCGAUACUUCUCCAUGAGGGACAGAGUCAAUGUGGCAGCGCUCAUCAUGGUGGCACUGCAGGGCAAGAUGGAGUACUGCUCGGACAUUCUCAAAACCCUGCUGGCGGAACUCAUAGAGAAGUGCAUCGAGGGCAAGAUUCAUCCCAAGCUACUGUUCCGCAGGACUGAGAGUGUGGCAGAGAAGAUGCUGUCAUCUUGGUUCACCUUCCUGUUGUACAAGUUCCUGAAGGAGUGUGCCGGCGAGCCGUUGUACAUGCUCUUCAGGGCCAUCAAGCAGCAGGUGGACAAAGGGCCCGUGGAUGCCGUCACCUCUGAGGCCCGUUACUCCCUGUCUGAGGAGAAACUCAUUAGGCAAAGCAUUGACUUCAAGGAAAUGACGGUGUAUGUAUCCAUGUGCAACUUGUAUAUGGGUGGAGUGGACGGGCCCAUGGAGGGAGGAGAGACGCCUGUGAAGGUGCUGGAUUGCGACACAGUGUCCCAGGUGAAGGAGAAGUCCCUGGAUGCCAUCUACCGCUCGUACCCUUACUCCCAACGGCCUCGACGAGAGGACCUGGACCUUGAGUGGCGUACAGGAACCUCAGGCCGCCUCAUCCUGUACGACGAGGACACCACCACCCGGCCUGAGGGAGGGUGGAAGAAGCUCAACACCCUGGCCCACUAUAAUGUGCCGGACAUGGCGCAACUCACCCUAAUACCCAAGCAAUCCUCCAUAUACAAUUACAUGUCCAUCCUCUCUGAUAAGUCUGAUAAGUCUCACAAGUACGAGACUCUCAACAUGAACAAGUAUGCAUCGGGCAGCCCACCACUCUCACGCGCCACCUCGCCCCUCAAUCAUGACAAUGAGGCCGGGGUCAAGGUAGGAGCAAAGGGCAAGGCCCGUACCAAGAGUCGUGAAGGUCGAGCCGCGUACCUUCCCUUCAACAAUGUAAGCAUGGCCUCAGACCGUGCCUUCAAUCCUUACCACAAGUCGCUCGGGAAGGUGUGGCAUUUGGUGAGGCAACAAGAGUCAGAACAGCGGGAGGGGGAACGCACCAACAAGAUGGUGUCAGAAAUCUACCUCACCCGCCUCCUCUCCACCAAACUCACACUACAGAAGUUUGUCGACGAUCUGUUUGAGACCAUCUUCAGCACAGCCCAUCGAGGCUCAGCGCUGCCCCUGGCCAUCAAGUACAUGUUUGACUUCCUUGAUGACCAGGCCCUGCAGCAUGGAAUUACAGAUCCAGAGGUGGUGCACACAUGGAAGAGCAACAGUCUGCCUCUCCGCUUUUGGGUGAACCUUAUCAAAAACCCCAACUUUGUGUUUGACAUCCACAAGUCAAACAUCGUGGACGCUUGCCUCUCGGUGGUGGCCCAGACCUUCAUGGACUCCUGCUCCACCUCCGACCAUAGAUUAGGCAAGGACUCCCCCAGCUCCAAGCUCCUGUAUGCCAAGGACAUUCCCAUUUACAAGGAGUGGGUGGAGCGUUACUACUCAGACAUUAAAAUCAUGCAGCCCAUCUCAGACCAGGACAUGAAUGCUAUGUUAGCAGAGGAGUCCAGAAUGCACACCACAGAGUUCAACAGUCUUGCAGCCCUUGCAGAGCUGUACAACUAUGCCUUCAAAUACAGUGACCAGCUCAUCCUGACACUAGAGGAGGACGAGUUCUCCACGAAAAACCGUCUUGCCUAUCGACUGGAGCAGGUCCACAAUAUCAUGACCACCGACCACGACUGACAGGACGCCCCCCCCGCCCCUGGCCCCGGCCCUGACCAAACCCAGACCCAGCAGACCCAGCAGCAACGGGGUCCCUCCUCAGGCACCGCAGCCCCCGGCUCCUACUCUCCCCCUGGCCCGUAUGGGGGCUCUCCGCCACAUCAUGUGUACCCUGGGGGUGGCCCCUAUGGGGUGUCACCUCCCCAGUCUGCGGUGUAUGAAGGGCAGCUGGAGACCAUGUUUACCUAUCGUGGCCAAGAAGGUGGCCCAGGGGGUCCGGGGGGCCCUGGUGGUGUAGAUGGCAGUGUAUAUGGCCUGUACGGGGUACCCCAGCAUGCCAGACUCUCCCCGGGGGCCUACGGUUCGGCCCAGUUUCCCGGCCGGGGUGCCCCACAAGUGUAUGAGUUUGAAUAUGAGGAGCCCAGGUUCACCUGAGGUCCCGCCCCACCAGGAGGAAGGUUUGUCUCUGCUCAAAAUGGGUUCGUGGGCGGUGUGUUGGGGCCGGCGAACGAGGCCCACCCCACACCCCGUCCUGCCCUGGGGCCGGCAUAAAGUGGAGCCCCACACUGACCCUACUAGUGGUGCGCUGCAGUGAGCACAGUGGUGCCCGGAAUGUGUCGAGUGGUGCCCCGGACAAAGUGUGAAGAUGCCCUGCACAGGCAUCCGUUGGUGCCCCGGAGGAAGCAUAGUGUUGCCCCAGGAUGAGCAUGCAGUGGUGCCGUGGAGGGAGCUCAAGUGUGCCCCGAGGUGAAGCACAGUGUUGUGACCCAAGGAAGCUUAGUGGUGCCCUGGAGCAAGCAACGAACAAAUGUGUGUUGCAGUAAGGGAUAAGUGGAACAGAAGCAGCGAGACUUUUUUUUCUCACAAAUUAUGCACGACAGUACACCCCUCCCAACCCCCCCCUGCCUCCUCAGCGCGCCAAGACAAGUGACUCAUGGCAGUAACCGAAUCAGGAAGAAAAUAUUUGACUUUUUUUCCUUUUUUGGUACUUUUAUAUUUUACUCAUUAGACUUAUCCAAAUGAGUUAAUCGUUCAACUUGGUGCUCUUACCCCCUUCAUCCCCUGCAUGUGUGUGUGUGUGUGUGUGUGUGAGUGUGUGUAUGUAUGUUGUGUGUGUGUUUGUGUUUUGUGUGUGUGUAUACAUGCUUUUAUGCAUGUAUGUCUUGACAAGCACACUCCAGCACGCAAUUACCUGCUAAUGCAUACGUACAUGUGUACGUCUUGAGUACAUAACUAGGACUGUGCCCUAGUGAGUAAAAUUGAGAAAAAGAAACAUUUCUGAUUUGGAAGCCAAUCACUGCAAACAUCAGAAUUUGUACGUUAAUUUCAUUAAAUUAAUAUUCUCAAAUGAUUGUCGUAUUCUAUAUUACUUGCUUUAGGUCUCCCCAUUUUGUCUUCCACCAAGGACUGACUGAAGCAGCCGUCGGGGGCAGUGACAGGUACUUGGUUCAGUUCAAGCAACAGAAUGAGAAAAGUGAAUGAGGUGCAGAAUGAUAGUGAGUGAGUGGUAUAUUGAGUGUGCCACAUUUUGUAACCCCAUCAGUGAGUUAGUAUGAUUUACCUGGGUCAUUGACAUUUCAACUUAGUUACCCCAAUGUGAUAUUUUUAGUAACUCGGUAUAUCAAGGUUAUUGCUUUUUUGAGUUCUCCGCCCCUGCCUCCCUUCCCCCACCUCCACAACAACCAUAACUCUGACCACCACAACAACCACAAACAACACAACGAGCUACCGCCACCACCACCACCACAGGAGUCAGGCUCUGCGCCAGGACUCGGAGGUCAAGGAAGCACCUGUUCUCCUGCAGCCAAACAGCCAAACAAUCUUCUCGCCACCACCACGUCCUCCUGAGGGAACCAGGCGGCCACAACAAGCUCUCAUCUCACCGUUCAGUGGAGGAGGUUGCCACCCUCACCCCAGGACCUCACCCCUGGGAGUGAGGCCCACGUCAUCCCUACCUAUUCAGACAUUACAUUCAGCAGCAGCAGCAGCAGCAGCAACAAUAACAACAACAGGAGGAGAAGAAGGAGGAGGAGGAAGCCAAACUGUAGCAUUUACUUGGACACUGUUGAAGCUGUUUUCACUGUAACCCCCAAUGCCCCCACCCCCCAUCAUCCCCGCCUCACAUUCCCCAUCAGACCCCCUCCCCCUUGCCCCCUCCUCAUCCCACUCGCCCCACAGCAUUUACCCAAGAGCAGGAUCGACUAUAGCAAACUGUUUACUGCGCUCGAAAUAAUAUUAAUAAUAAUAAUAAUAAUAUUAAUGAUAAUGGUACUAGGCUUCUGUCUGUCCGAGGUAACACUACUCCUGUCCUGACCGCAUCAUCAUCGCCAUCAUCACUUUUGAGCUGCUCUGUUGCGCUAAAAACCGUAAAUAAUAAUAAUAAAUAAAUAAUAAUAAUAAAAACUUUUCAGAUGUUUCAAGUUUCAUGUGAUAUUUCUCUGUGUACGAAAUGUGUGUGCGCGUGUGUGUGUGCGCCAACUGUUACUGCCAUGUGUGUGCGUGUGCGCGCGUAAGAAAAAACGAAGGAGCAGCAGGAGGAAGCCUGUGCGUGUAUUGUCUUGGUGUUCAAUGGACCUCUUCUAAGCUUCUUUUUUGACGUUGGGUUGCCUGCAUGGAGAAGAGAAACGUAAUAAUUUCCCCGCCCACCCCCCAGAGGUUUGGUUCUCGCCCGUGUGUUGCCGCGACCCUUGGGAUGAACUGUCGAGCGUCCGUCCCACUGGGGCUCGGAGGCCAUGGCUGGAUGGAAAAUUUUUUGUGUCCUUUUUUCAAGUGUUGUCUCGGUGUCGGGUGUGUAGGGAGGAGGUGUGUGUGUGCCAAUUCCAGGGCCAAGCUGAUGCCUUUAGCCGUUUGUAUUUCAUUGUUAUUUGUCUACAUUGUUUUGCUGAUCCACUGCUGACCUUGACAUCUGCGUUUUGUAAACUACUCCAAGGCGAAAAUUGGAUGACUUUUCUUUAGCUAUUCUAUUUGUUAAUCCAUGGAAAGCAAAUUUUGAAGAUGGUAUUUUUCACAUGUCAAAAAGAUUCGAUUCCUUGGCAAGAGCUGAAUAGAAUAGUCUGAAGCACGAAAUUCAAUAGCAAAUUACUUAUUGGUACUCACAGAUAUAACAAUAACAAAAUAGUAUGCAUGUAAUGGCUACGGCCCAAGAAUUUUAUGUAGUGUGAUGUUAUUUGUCUAGUGGUUCAAUUUUUAGGUAAAUUUUGCAAUGAUUAUCUCUUGGAUUAAUAAGUUCAGUACAAAUUCUAAUUAUUCGAACUUCCUGUCAUGUGGAUAAUUUUAUGAUGUCUUCAGAUUUAUUAUCAUAAGUCGAACAUUACUUUAUUACUAUUAUUUAUUAUCACUAUGUAUCAUUUUUAGUAGAAUUAAAACCAAGACAAGAUUUUUCAUGGAUCGUAAGCAAAGUCUAGGCAAUACACUGCAAGCCGAACAUUACCUUCCACACCACCAGAAAGGCAUCAGCUUCCCUGUCUGUAGUCUUCACGUCCAAUACUUCGCCUGUGAGAGGUGAGCCCAGAAGAGACAGAGAAAGCAAGAGAGAAAGCGAAAGAGUGAGAGAGAGAGCGAGAAAGCGAGAGAGAGAGAGCGAGAGAGAGAGAGAGGCGCUACGGUUUUGAAGUUAUGAUUCCUUUAACAUUACAACUUUUUUGAAAGCUGUGUGUGCUGCACUUGUGUAUAUUGAUAAUUAUUUCCUGUAUAGUUCCUUUGUAUUAUAUUAGUACUUGUAAGAAGGAAGAAUAUGAAAGCCCCCAUUUGAUACAAUCAUUACUGGUAUUAAUUAUUAAACUUAAAGAAUACAAGUAAUACGAUGUUAAUAUACAAAUUCUAUCACUGUAAUAAGGAGCGAGACUGUACAUAUGGAGGGACGAUGCCGGCUGGCGGACUUACAUUAUUUCUCUGUAUUACACAUUCUGGGGCCGAAGUUGUUGUUUUAGAAUUCUUGUUGUAAUUUAUAUUUUUACAAUUAUUACCGCUAUUUUUUGCUGUUCCAGACUUGUGUGUGACGAAAUGCUCUUGGCUGAGUGAGAUGAAUUGUUUUAAUACUCAAAAGUUCCUGGUUUUAUUGGAGGUCUAUAAUAAAGGUUAGCUGUGAUUAGGUUUCUUUUAUUAUGUAUUAGAAGCAAUGCAAAAAUUUAAAGGUUUUUAGUCCAAUAUAACGAGGAUUCCAUUUUAACCCACCCGUAGAUUAAUAUUGCGUUGGAGGAAGAGAUUUCAGACGUGGAGAGACAACCGAUUCAUGUGUCAAGUCCCUUCGUAUACACAUCCAUACAGUUCUACGUCUUUUUCCGCAAACGUUUUCCCUGCGUCAAGUUGCUGGAACACUCGCGACUCACUCGGCCUCGUCACAUCCCGCCCUGGUCUAGUCUCUCGCCGCCGGCCGCCCUCUGCUCCCCUCCCCGCCUCCCACUGUACAGGCGCCAUGUUAUGUGUAUGUCGAGUCUGUGUUUCAUAUAAAUGGAUCAAUAAAUUUUUUCACUGUAAUGA